CAAAAUUUUUAAAUCAAAAAUAGCGAAAAAAUUAUCAAAAUUUUAGGUUUGACCUUCAGUUUCGAUGCUUUUCUCUUUACUCUUCCGAUUGGCUUUGGUGGCUGGGACCGUUUAUGGCACCCAGGAGCUGGACAUCUGGGGCCCCUCCACCAACUCGGUGGAUCUGCUAAAGGCGGCCAAAAAGGAGCUAGGUCCUUAUGCAGAAGACUGGAAGCAAUCGUUCUGCUGCUGGCGCUGCAAGGCCUGCAAGGAUGAGCCGGUGGACAAACCGUGGCGGGAGACGUUGGUGGAUGCCUGGAACGACACCAUCAAGAAAGCCUUUACUGCUUUGGGUGUUGAUGUCCCCAAUUACUAUAAACGGUUUCAGAAUGAUUUGGCCGAUGGCAUCGAUGACGUAGUCAACAUCAACGAGGAGUGGUAAUCAGAUAUGGGACACAAUAUCAUAAUAUUUGGAAAAUUA